AUGGACCCAGACGUCUGCCGGAACUGCGGCCACAGCGGCAAGCACAUUGACUUUGCGGACGCCCGAUGCGCCAUCACGGAGCGGGAUGAUGCCGAGCGCGACAAGCUCCAGGCCGACGCCGCCCUGGCCCGGGCCCGCGACAUCUGUGAGACGUCGCUCUCGCUCAUGAAGCGGCAGAUGCAGGAGCUUGAGGACGCCAACGAGGCCAUUGACGCACUGCGCGCCGCGCUGGCGGCCGCCGAGGACCGGCGGGAGCGCGUGCGACGCGACCUCGGCACCCACGGCGACGUAUGCCUGCUUGCUCGGUCGAACCUCGAGGCGGCGGAGGAGAUGGCCAUCUCGGCUGCUGGGCGGUAUUUUGAAGCCGGAAGGGCUGUGACUGCGUUGGAGGAUCGGGAGCAGUUGAGGAAGCAGUCGCCGAGUAUUCACGUCGAAGAGGCGCUGCCUUUGCCGGUAACUAUUCCUAUGGAAGAGGAUGACGAUGCGGAGGAAGAAGCGAGGGAGAAGGAAGACCGGAGGUGGAAGAGGUCGAAUGAGCGGUUUUGCAAGUGGUUACGGCAGUCCGAGGCGCAGCGGCAGAUUAUGAAGUCGUCGUGGACAAAGCUGAGGGUCGCGGAGAGGCUAGCUGGUGAGAGCGUCAACGUCGAUGUUGAUGUCGAUGUCGACGCAGUUGACGACGAGGAAGAUGAAGAGACGGCACGCCGCAAAAGAGUCCAGGCGUGGACUGCGGCGCGGCGGCUGACGGACCAGCUUCCACCGGAGGAGGACCCUACCAUGGUGACGGAGUACCUUGAGUCAGAGCCGACUGAUUCCGCGGAGACGACGGAGGGAUCUUCUGAGCCAUUGGUGUUGGCGCCGGCACCGACGUCUGCUCCUACUUCCUCCGCUCACAAGACGGGCGUAUCCAAGAGAGCGCCGGCACUGAGAACAAGGGCGAAGACAGACUGUGCCGUCAAGCCCGGUAAAAGGACGCAAUCUGCGGACUGCUCGGAGGGUGGAAAGCCAGACUCGCUCAGAACCGACGCGGCCGACGACGGCUACGACAACAGCGACAAAGAGGGUGAAGAGGGAGCCGAAGACAACAUCUGCAGUCGUGCUGGGGAAGACGGGAACUACUACUGCUCCUAG